CCGCAACUGUCAACAGUGUUCUAAGCGAGCCCCACGAGCUGUGUAUAUAACCCGCUCUGUAUAAAACCCACCUGUCCCACAGCCAGUUCCGACACUCAUCACGCAACACAAUGGCAUCAUCAUCAUCCUCGGAACCGGAAUCGCAUCCAUUCCCGCUCGCGCCACCUCCAUGGAAUGGUAUGAAAGCCACGGGCUACCUCUUCCUCACCCACAGCUCCGCCAGCACUCCGCUGCCCCCCGGCUCCUACGACCCGCUCGAGGCAGACUCGCCGUUCGCCUCGGCUGAGACAGGGACGUUCACGGGCGGCUUCGGCUCCGUCACCAUUCUGCGGUAUAAGGACUCCCCCGUCGGCCCAUACGACGAGCUAUUUUUCAUCCCCGGCUAUUUCUCUCUGCCCCCGUCGGUCGGCGGUGGAUCCAAGCUGCGAAUAACACGUAUCUACGUAUCCUCUGCGGCAAGCACAUACAACGGCCGGCGGAACUGGGGGAUCGCCAAGAAGGUAGCGAGGUUCCGGUUCGUGGGCGACGAGGACGGCGGGAUGUGCUCGCGCGUCGAGCUGCGCGAGGCGGGAGACGGCGAUGAUGCGAAGCCGUUUUUCGCUGUGGAUUUGAAGCCUGCCGUGUGGGGCGUCACCAUGCCGCUGAGUACCGCGUUCAGUCCUAUCGACUUGGCGGUCGUUCAUCCUCCCCUACCGAGGGGCGCGGAGGUCGAGAGGACCGCGAGUGAUAAGUGGUAUGGUGUCAAUCCGUAUGUUAGGGGCACUGGGGGUGGGGCGUGGGCGAAAGGUGCCCUGGGGGAUGGUGAGUGGGCGGAUGGUGUAGCGUUUCCGAAGGUGCAGCCGGUUCGUCUCGGAGUGUGGUGGAAGGAUGCCACGAUUGAUUUUUCGGAGGGGGAGGUGCUGGGUGAAGAGAAUAGGAAGGAUAUCUGAGGAGCUGGGUGCGAGUCUCGGAAAUGACUGAUGAUUCUGUUUUCACGAGAUUUUCACGAAACAAAAGAAUUAUCUGCGACAUGAACUGCAGCUACCACGCUGCGAGUGAUGAGGAAGGUAAAAAGAUCAAUUGAUUUCACCCAGGCUCGAUCUGGGGACCUUGUGUGUGUUAGACACAUGUGAUAACCAACUACACCAUGAAACCAUUGA